CGGGGAGAGGCGGGAGGUCACGGCUGGCGGGCCGGGCGGAGGGGGGUCCUCGAGGGUCGGGAUGUGGCGGGCGCUGGCGCGGCGCGUGGCCCAGCAGUGCGCGUGCCCGCGGGGGCCGUGGGGGUGGGGGGCGCGCCGGGGCCGCGCCUGGCGGUGCGUGGUCGGGGGGGCGCCGGGUCCGGCUACCCCCCGAGCCCUUUUAUGGGAAGGGCCGGCGCGGAGGAGGCCCCCCGGCCUGGCGCCUCCCUCCCGCCGCUGGUGCAGCAGCUACCCACCCCACCAAAAGGUGCCUUUGCCCGCCCUCUCCCCGACCAUGCAGAUGGGGACCAUUGCCCGCUGGGAGAAGAAAGAAGGGGACAAGAUCAGCGAGGGGGACCUGAUAGCCGAGGUGGAGACGGACAAAGCGACAGUGGGGUUUGAGAGCCUGGAAGAGUGCUAUCUGGCCAAGAUCCUGGUAGCGGAAGGAACCCGGGAUGUUCCCAUUGGAGCCAUCAUAUGCAUCACGGUGGACAAGCUAGAGCUUGUUGAUGCCUUCAAGAACUACGCCUUGGAUUCUGCGGUCCCCGCAGCCUCAGUGCCUCCCCCUCCAGCAGCGGCAGCUCCCCCCACACCACCCCCAGCUCAGCCUGCUGCUCAGGCCCCUGGCAGCUCUUAUCCUCCUCACAUGCAGAUUGCUCUUCCCGCCCUCUCACCCACCAUGACGAUGGGCACUGUUCAGAGAUGGGAGAAGAAGGUUGGUGAGAAGCUGAGUGAAGGAGACUUGUUGGCAGAAAUUGAGACGGACAAAGCGACAAUAGGCUUUGAAGUGCAAGAAGAAGGUUACCUGGCCAAAAUCUUGGUGGCGGAAGGCACAAGGGACGUGCCCCUCGGAACUCCUCUCUGCAUCAUCGUGGAGAAGGAGUCAGACAUUCCAGCGUUCGCUGACUACCGGGAUGCUGGCAUUGUGGAUGUGAAGCCCCCAGCCCCAGUUUUACCACCGAGCCCCGCAGCAGCUCCUCCAUCAACAGCGCCCCCAUCUGUAGCCCCUGCAUCAGCUAAAAUCAGCGGGCCUAGAGGCAGGCUUGUCGUCAGCCCCCUCGCAAGGAAACUGGCAGCAGAGAGAGGAGUUGAUCUUUCCCAAGUGAAAGGCACAGGACCAGAUGGACGGAUAACCAAGAAAGACAUAGAUUCGUUUGUGCCAUCCAAGGUUGCCCCGGCCCGGGCACCUGAGGCAGCUCCUAUGGCUGCACCGGCUGCGGCUGCUGCUGCACCCCUUCCUGCAGGCGCCUUCACAGACAUCCCAGUCAGCAAUAUCCGCAAGGUGAUCGCUCAACGCUUGAUGCUGUCCAAGCAAACGAUACCUCACUACUACCUCUCCGUUGAUGUAGACAUGGGAGAAAUCCUGGUGCUAAGAAAAGAGCUCAACCAGGAGACGCCGGAGAAAGUGAAGCUCUCUGUCAACGACUUCAUUAUUAAGGCUUCAGCACUGGCUUGUAUGAAGGUGCCUGAGGCGAAUUCCUCUUGGCUGGACACAGUCAUUAGGCAGAAUCAUGUGGUUGACGUCAGCGUCGCAGUCAGUACCGCAGCAGGGCUCAUAACUCCAAUCGUGUUCAAUGCACACAUAAAAGGACUUUUGUCCAUUAACCAAGAUGUUGUCACAUUGGCAGCCAAGGCUCGUGAGGGCAAGCUACAACCACGCGAGUUUCAGGGUGGAACAUUCACGGUUUCAAAUUUAGGAAUGUAUGGCAUCAAGAACUUCUCUGCCAUAAUCAAUCCACCGCAGGCUUGCAUUUUAGCAGUUGGUGGUUCUGAGAAACGUCUGAUCCCAGCAGAUAAUGAAAAAGGGUUUGAUGUGACCAGCAUGAUGUCCGUGACCCUGAGCUGUGACCACCGUGUUGUGGACGGGGCUGUCGGAGCCCAGUGGCUCGCCGAGUUCAAGAAGCUCCUGGAGAAGCCGACCACCAUGUUGCUAUAAUUUCCCCCAAGCCGUCAGGACUGAUUUGGUCACAACCCUUCAUUCUAAAGAAGCUAUUUAUAUAUAGAUACAUAGUGUUUAGACUUUUAAACAAAAGCUCCUUUCUUUAUUUUUUAAACAAAUAUAUAUAUAUAUAAAUGCAUACAGUCGCUGGCAAUUUUUAUUGCCAGCUGUACAGAUUACUAGUUUGCAAAGCACUUUCCAGAAGCAAGUAUAACUAUGCUGUAUUUUGUACAGUGAAUGAAUUUGCAAACUUUCCCCUCUUACAAAGUACCAGCUGUGUAAAAUCAUGUGAGGAGCUUGUGCUUCUUUCUGAUCAAGGGAACAAAGGCCAGCCCAGUCCAGCAAUCCAAAGGCCCCUUCCCAAGUUCCCAAACGCAAGCACGCUGGAUUGAAAAAGCUUUAAAAGAGAACGGAGAGAGACCUGAGAGGUGUGGUGAGUGGAAUUGCCAGUCUAGCACAGGAAGUAGACCUGCCCAUGCUGUUUUGUUCUCCUGUCCCCUAGACUAUCAGACAUUUAGUGAGGUGUGGAGCAGAACCGGCCUCUUAACAGUUCCCACUCUAGAUUAUUUUGGCAAUUCAGCGUCGAUUCAGGUUUUCUAGUUGUAGGAACCCUUUGAAAGCACUUUAAUGCAAAAGGGAAUGAAUUGUGCUCUCUAAACUGUACUGCAGAAAUUUCAUUUGAACCGUUUAUGAAAAUGUGCCCCUUUUGAAGAACAUCCGAAUUUCUGCUUCCCGGCAGUCCUUCAUUUCAUAGUUGAGAAGCUGCUGCUUCGCUUUCAGCAGGAGAUGUGGUUCAGGGGGAUGGUGUGACUCAUCAGGCCAAAAAACCCCGGUGUCAUGGAUAUUCCUGCAUUUGAAAGUUUUCCCCUGGCAGUGUAAUUGAGGAAGCUCUGGCAGGUGUUGAGACCAAAAGCGGCAGUGCGGAGCCACGUCUUGAUCAUCUGCGUGAAUGUAAGGUCACAGUUCCCCUUGUUGAAGCCCAGGGCUGUGCAGCAGAGAGGCCUGUGGUGGUUGUGCUUGUUGCCUCAAAUCCAGAGAGAGUUCAGUGUGCUCAGCUUCCUGUGAAGUGGGAGCCCCAUUGGGGCCCUGCUCUUUCUUCAGACCACAAGUGCUGCAGGAUCACCAUCUUGGCCAUCCAAGCCUUGGAGGCAGCGGGAUGUCUUUGGCCAUGUAAAUAGUGUAAAAAAUGGGAUGGCAGGAAAUGGUUGUCUUUGCAGAAUGUACCCAAAUGCAUUGACCGCUGUAUCCUGUAGUGGGAAGGACACUGAAGUAGAAAACGCUCUCCUAGGGUUGUUUUCCAAAAGAGAGAAAUGUGACCCAGAGAGCAGAAGCAGCAGUGACAUAAACUGACCUGGAGUUGUUCUGUAUCAUAUGCAGUGCAUUCAGUAUUGUCUCUUGUAAAGUUGUGCUCCCAAAUCCACUAAAAAUAGUAUUCAAAAAAAGGUUAUCCUGUGGAGAUCAAAUAUUUUUGUGAGACUGCCUUGCUGGUGUUUUCUCAUUUUGGUUGCAGUUAUGCCUACAAUCGUUUGGUAAAGAGGCAGGUUGCCCUGAAAAGGAAUUUUAAAAAUGUCCUUGGUUCCAAACUGGGCUAGUGGGCCCUGGUGUUCCAUUAAAAGGUUUGGAAUUAAUCAGA